AUGGAAGGGGAAAUUCACAAUUUCAUUGUUGUAUGGGCUAUUGUCAUAGUUAGUUUAUGCUAUUCUCACACCAUAGCCAAAUUCAUUCCCAUUGGCAAAUCAAGAUUUGUGGCUAUAUUUCCAAUAGUUUGUCUAUUUUUGUUUCUUCCUCUUUAUCUCACAUCUAUUCAUCUUGGUGGCACUACUUCUUUUUUCAUUGCAUGGCUAGCCACUUUUAAGCUCAUUCUUUUUGCUUUUGGUAAAGGCCCUUUAUCAUCAACCCCACCUCUACCACUUUCAACAUUCAUUCCCUUGGCUUGUUUGCCUAUAAAGUUUAAAAAAUAUUCAAUUAAUGAUAAUGUUGAAACCAAAAAAAAGACCACAAAGUCAACUUUAAAUCAUGUUACCAAGAUUGCACUCCUAGCCAUUUUCAUUAGGGUGUAUAGCUAUAAGGAUUAUUUGCAUCCAAAAAUUAUUCUCUCCUUCUAUUGCUUUCACAUUUACUUCAUGUUAGAGAUCAUAUUUAAUAUGAUUAGUGCCGUGGUCCGAGGGGUGAGUCGAGUUGAGCUCGAGCCACCCUUCGAUGAGCCUUACCUAGCUAGCUCGCUCCAGGAUUUCUGGGGCAAGAGGUGGAACCUCAUGGUAACUAAUAUACUCCGUCCGACUGUAUACGAUCCCGUCCGUUCGAUAGUGGCGGACCGGAUCUCGAGGAAGUGGGCCCCACUUCCGGCCGUGCUUGCGACGUUUUUCGUCUCGGGGCUAAUGCAUGAGCUGAUUUUCAACUACAAUGGAAGAUUGAUGCCUAAUGGUGAAUACAUCUUAUUCUUUCUAAUUCAUGGAGUGGCUUUGAGUGUUGAAAUUGUUAUCAAGAAAAUUUCCAAUGGCAAAUUUUUUGUUCCUAGGAUUAUUUCAUGCCCAUUAGCACUUGCAUUUAUAUUUUUCACAAGUUGUUGGAUGUUUUUUCCUUCAUUUUUGAGGGGUAACACAGAGUUUAAAGCAUGUAGUGAAUCUAUUGCUUUCUUUAAAUUUAUUAGGUAUGGUCAAUUAAUUAGUCCUACCAAUAUCACAUGUCCACUCUUGUAA